GCAACGUCAGUUGGUUUUAGCGCUCGAAACCGUACGGACGUUCGGGUUGCAUAUUCUACAAACACCUCGACAACACGUCAACCACGCGACGUCCCGACAAAAACACACGUGAUAACGAGUUUCGGCUGUGUUUUACAAGAAAAUAGUAGUAAACAUUUAGUGAUAAUCCGGUUGUUUGGAUUUAACGGAAAAAAAAUAGUUUAAGAAAAUUAACUGGAAGGAAAAACCGAGGGAAGUCGAAGAAGUUUUUUUAAGAAAUCAUUUUCAAGUUUUUUGCAGGACCGGACCAGACCAUGAGGCGCCUUUGGCCGGGGCACAGAGGACUCCACUGAACGCCCAACGCUUAGCAUGCACAGCACAGAUAAUGUUCCUGAGUCUGGUGGGGAGCAAGCAACUGGUAGAACGGCAGUGGCCGUAUCUGGUCCAACGCCGGUGAGCGUUUCGACAACGACGAACACUUCAUCAGGACCAAGGGAAUGCGCGGGUUGCGGAAAAAGGAUAACCGAAAGGUUUCUCCUGAAGGCGCUGGACCUUUUCUGGCACGAAGAUUGCCUAAAGUGCGGCUGUUGCGAUUGCCGGCUCGGUGAAGUCGGCUCAACGCUUUACACAAAGGCGAAUCUAAUCCUGUGCAAAAGAGACUACCUUAGGUUAUUCGGAACGACCGGUUACUGCGCGGCCUGCAACAAGGUGAUACCCGCGUUCGAAAUGGUCAUGCGAGCAAAGAGCAACGUCUACCAUCUGGAGUGCUUUGCAUGCCAGCAAUGUAACCACAGGUUUUGUGUUGGUGAUCGUUUCUAUUUAUGCGACAAUAAAAUUCUCUGCGAGUACGAUUACGAAGAAAGGCUGGUAUUCGCAAAUAUGGCUUACAAUCCAAGCAGUUUGGCUCAUAUACGAAGACAAGUAAGCAAUCUUCAGGUGCCCGCUUGUAACACCGAACUUAAUACUACUUCUAAACUCGAUAAUAAGCCAGCAGGAGACAAUCUAAACAGUGUCCGAAAUUCGGCCCUUCUGACGUCCGGUGCCUCCUGUUACAGCGAGAAGAACUCACCGCUGGCAGGCCCACAGCGACCGUCUAGUAACUACCACCAUCGGGACGACGGAUCCAGCGGUUACGGUAGCCCAGAUUCCGAGACUUUCGACACCCCUCAAUGACGCCCCAGAGGAAGUGGAAGGCCGUAGCAAGUUCUUCACUUCUCUUCACCAACACAAAUUACCACCAACAAAUCAACAAAAGAACUCGUUUUAUCGCUAAAAAAUAAGAUUUUUUGAUUAAUUUUUUUUUUAUUGUUGCCUUAAAAAUAAAAAUGGUGGUAACAUGAAAUAAAUUUAACGGGGUAUUGUGCCAUUUCUUUACGUUCUUUUUGGAAGUUUUCUUGGGGGUAGUUUUUGAAGCGGUGAAAUAUUACGAAAAGAAGAAGAGACAUAGUGGAUCUCACAAUGAGUGCUAGUCUACUUGCCAAAAAACUGCGCAGAUGAAAAAACCGCGAUGCGGAAAAUUGUAUAAUUGUAACAUAUUGUAACAAUUCUAACAAAUUUCGUAAUAGAUUUCGUUUAAGGUCGAAAAGCGAUCAGAAUUGUAUACGAGUACACAUAGUCUCAUUUUUUAUCUUUAUUUUUUUUAAUCUCAUUAUGGCGAUGAGCGUUGUACAUUACUCACGGCCUUUAUAUUCUUGUUAUUAUCAUUAUUAUUCGAGAUUAUAAUCUGCUUUUCUCUUCAUCAUUAAUUUCUAUUGUAACUAAAAAAAAAGAAAUAAAUAAAAUAACAAUAAAAGUCGUAUGUAUCACCUUUUUAUAUUAAAAUUUAAACUUAUGUAUAUAAAGGUAUACCAUGUGAUGUAUUAUUUGUAUAAAAAAAUCACGGAUCUUCCUUGUACAUUAUCUAUUAUUAUUAUUCUUUUAGAAAAUAAUUCUUGUUUUUGUUGAUAAAUUCUGUUUUAAUUUACUUCGAUUGAAAAAGAUGAAAAUGCAGAUGAGCUUAUAGCACCGAAUAUAACAAAAAAAUCGCUGCUUUUAUAAUUGAAUAAAAAAAACCAAAUCGUUCCCUCAAUUUUUAUAACGAACACUUCCAUUCCCCCGGAUUCGUUCAAUUUUUACGCGUAUAUUAGUCAUAGAUGCGUAAUUAUUACAUUACCUUCAUACCUUCCGUAUAAAACGGAUAAAUAAUUAUUAGUUUGUACGGUAUCUAAGAUGGAUUUCGCAAAUUAUCUUGAUAUAAAAGAUAAUGGUGUACAUAAAAAAUAGUUAUACUAUUGAAAUAAAUGUUGUCUUUUCGUUAAAAAA